CUCCCCCUUCUUUACCUCCACUCUUCUCCUCCUUCUCUCUCCUUCUCCUCUCCUCAUCUUCCUGUCUUCACCUCAUCUUUUUCCUCCCCCUCCUCCCGCUCCUCCCCUUACAUUCCGCCCAUUCAACACGGCCUACACCCUUACACCUCACCAUCAUGGAGGCCGUUCACGACAGUCCCCCUCCCUACGCCACCGAUGGCAUUGACGAGAAGAAGGAGGAUAUCAGCCAGGUGGAGCAGAACCUCAAGCCGGGCCUGGAGGAGUCCGACGCUUUCGGUAAUGAGGAAUUUGCGGAAAUCAAGUACAAGACCUUGAAGUGGUGGCAAUGUGGACUGCUCAUGAUUUGCGAGUCUGUCUCGCUGGGUGUGCUCUCGCUACCCGCCGCCGUUGCAACCCUGGGUUUCGUCCCGGCCAUCAUCCUCAUCGUUGGUCUCGGAAUUCUCGCGACCUACACCGGUUACAACAUUGGAUUGUUCAGAGAACGCUACCCCCACAUUCAGAACCUCGCCGAUGCGGGAGAAAUCCUGAUGGGCCCUUUUGGCCGUGAACUCUUCGGCCUGGGCCAGUUCCUCUUUUGCAUCUUCGUCAUGGGCAGCCACCUCCUGACCUUCCGUGUCAUGAUGAACACCAUCACCGACCAUGGCACCUGCUCCAUCGUCUUCAGUGUGAUUGGCAUGGUCAUUUCCAUGGUCCUCUCCAUUCCCCGUACCAUGAAGGGCAUGACCUGGAUAUCCUUUGCCUCCUUCCUCAGUAUCUUCAGUGCUGUCAUGAUCACCAUGAUCGGUGUGGGUGUUGAGAAGCACCCCGGUCGCAUCAUUGAGGCCACUGUCGACACCACCCUCUACACGGCCUUCACCGCGGUCUCCAACAUUGUCUUCGCCUACUGUGCGCACGUCGCUUUCUUCGGUCUUAUCGCCGAGAUGGAGCAGCCCAAGGACUUCAAGAAGUCGCUGUUCAUGCUGCAGACAUUCGAAAUCAGUCUGUACGUGACUGCUGCCUGCGUCAUCUACUACUACGUCGGCAAGGAUGUGCAAUCCCCCGCUCUCAGUUCCGCUGGUCCUCUUCUGAAGAAGGUUGCCUAUGGAAUUGCCAUUCCCACCAUUGUCGGUGCCGGUGUCGUUAAUGGUCACAUUGGCUUGAAGUACAUCUACUUCCGCACUUGCUCCAAGUCAGGUCUCAUCCACAGCCGUAGCCGCCGCUCGGUCCUUGUCUGGAUUGGCUUGGGCUUGGCCUGCUGGCUGGUUGCCUGGAUUAUCGCCGAGGCCAUUCCUGUCUUCAGCGACCUCAACUCUCUGAUUAGCGCGCUCUUCGCUAGUUGGUUCAGUUAUGGUCUCAGUGGUAUCUACUGGCUCCACCUUAACUACGGCCAGUGGUUUGCCAGCCCCCGCAAGAUCGCCCUGACCGUGCUGAAUGCCGGUAUCGCCGUGUUCGGUUUGGUGCUGUGUGUCCUGGGUCUCUAUGCCUCGGGAACAGCCAUCCACAACGAUGCCAACAGCAACAGUUUCACCUGUGCCAAUACGGACAGCUGAAUGUGCAUCUAUAUAUAUAGACUUUACAUCAUUAAUGGCGUUUAUGAGCGAAUUCUUUUGCCGCGUGUCUGGGACCGCGGCAGAUGACGGCGUGACGGGUUUAUUUGCAUGACGGACUAGCUAAUGAUUUAUUCAUGAGUACAUAAUAUCUUAC